UCGCUAUUGACAGAGUACACAUCGAAUAAACUAAGACAAUGCUUAUUCAUUUCAAGCCGGAAUUCAUUUCUAUCAUCCUGUCGUCAUGGACCUUUUACAAAAUCCUCUACCCUCUCAUCCUUCCCUAUAUCCCUAUACCUACUACUACCUCCCUUGUCCAGUACAGCUAUCCUGGCCGGAACCUGAUAUUCGACCGGUACUCCUAUCACGAAGACACACGGGUGUUUGUCGUCUGCGACGAGGAGCCAAUCCACCUGCAAGGGAAUGGAUCACAGAAAUUCAUCAAGUGCGAGAUAUACCACGACGAUCAGGGGGGCCGCAAACACGAGUGUCCCAUCACCCUAACGAUGAGUCGUCGAGGCGCCGGUGUCAUCAGGCCCGGUACGAUGCAGGUCCGGCCCUUUGGUGAAGACAAGGCCAUCCUCAGCUGGGUAGAUCCGACCGUGUCGGUGACGUCGCCGAACAAGUGGCGACUUUUCGUCGUGCACUUGAGCGACUGUUCGCUGUACGAAGCACGAGCCAAACAGCUGAGGCAUCUGCGGCCGGUGAAUUUCGUCGUCUACGAGAAUUGGUUCGUCGCCAUAGUCGGCAGCGAGAAGCGUGGCACAAAGUGCUACCACGAGCCUUUGCAGAUCUUCAACGUGCCCAGGUGCUGGGUCGGCUUCAACGAUCGCCUCGACGUCAGCGCCGGGCCCUUCUUCUGGUUCAAACAGGACCUCGGGGACGACCGGAUGAUCGUGGCUCCGCUCCGGGACAACGAUCCCGCGAGCGGCCAUCUGCUCAUCCAGGCCGUCGAACUGCUCGGUACCGUGCUCACUCGAGUCUGGAUCGUCCCGCAGAGCGGCAAGGCAGUGCUGCUGCGCACGUACGAGUUACGGCCGAACACGACCGUCGCGAUCGAGCGGCAGUUCGGACGGCACAACGAGCGCAUCGUCGCCUACUCGACGAGCCACGGCCGCAUCGGCGUCUGCGCCAAGAUCACCUUCGCACCGGGCGAGGAUCGGCUUCGAUGCACCCAGUGGGAUCAUCGCGGUCGGCUGCUGGGGACCGACUUGAUAAUACCGGUGAAAUACCGGCACCCGCGCGAGAUGGCCCUGCUGAAUCUGCCCGGCCAAGAGGGCAUGCUGCUUCUCGAGGCCGAGUGCGGGGACGCCUCGUGCAGAGGCAGCGGCGGCGGCGGAGGAGGAGGAGGAAAAAGUCAAUACUUCGUGUCGAAGAUCUACGCCCGCCACAUGGAGAACCGGUCCCACGUGUACGACAAGUACGAGUGCGACGGCAGGUACAAUCGGGUCGACGCGCAGCUGUUUCAAAGGGGCCCGCCAGGACACUACUGCAUCAGCCAGGUCUGCUACGAGGACUUGUUGGCGGUGGACGAUUUCGGGAACCGAUCGUACGAGGAUAGGUCGAGGAAGUUGAAGUUCCAUACGCAGUGCUUCUUCGAUUUGCUUAGCAAAGAUUCGUAUUUUCUUUAUUUCAAACGAUUUUUCAGUAAAUGGUUUAUUGAAUGAUUUCGUUUAAAUACAUGCAACACACACUCACUGUGUUUGAUUGAGAUAUUGUUCAUGUCCCGUUUGAUAUAUAAUUUUAUAUACUCUGACGACAAGUUUUAAAUUAAUUGUAUGUACAAGGUGUACAAACACAUUUUUAACCUGACUUCGAUUGGGAUAAAUAAAUAACUUUCGACUAUUCGAAAAAACGCAAUAUGAUACGACAACUAUUGUUCUUUUUUCUAGAACAAAAUGGGGGUUUGCUGCAUCAACCGAGGCUGCUGGCUGUUGACUGAUUUUUGCUAUGUCAUGAUCCUAGGGUAAAAUUUUUUCUCAGUGCAUAAGACGAUCGCAUCUACAAUUAGUUAUUAUAAUUAGGUCAAAUCGAUUUUUUUUAUGUCAACUUGAUGCUAUCUGUCGAGAGUUAGUUUGUAAAUACUCAAUUACAGAAGUUAAAAAAUUUCUUGAAGAAACUUUUGUCAAGUUAUAGUUUUAGAUUGGUUCAAUUAUUGUAAGGAGAAUAUGUAUACAAAGAUAAAUCGGCAACUUGAUUGUAAACAAUAUGAUUAUAAACUAUUUUGACAUAUUCCCUCAACACGUGUAAAUAGUAUAAUUAGUUUUAACAUCAAGCCAUAAUACCAGAAGAUCGAAUUAACUCAAUCAAUUUCCGUGAUAUUAAAUAGACUAAAUUAUCAUUUAAUUCAGGCACCAAAAUGGAUAAAAGUGAGAAGAAUUCCGAAGAAGUUGGUUCAGGACAUGAUUUCAUUAAACGUGACAUUAUUGUUUUAGGCGACAAAAAAUACGUUUGUGAUAUUUGCCAGGAGGCAUUUACAUUGGAGUCAAGCAUGAUGACACACCGAGACAAAAUUCACAAUGAACGAAAUAAUUUUGCAUGUGACAAGUGCGAAGAGAAAUUUGAGUUCCGAAGUCAUUUGA